AUGGUGAAUCUAAACCAACUGCUUGCAAAAUGCAAAAGCCUCAACCAUGUAAAGCAACUGCAAGUCUUUAUCAUCACCCUGGGAUACACCCAAAAUCAGCUCUACGCCUUCAAGCUCGUCCGCUUCUGCCUUGUUACUCUUGACAACCUUCCCUAUGGUCGCCUCAUCUUCGACUGUCUCAGCUCCCCCAAUGUAUACCUCUUCGCUGCCAUGAUCACUGGUUAUGCCUCCCAAUCCCACCACCAUUCUGCUUUUCUGUUGUACCGAUCCAUGCUUCGUCAGGGAAGCGCUCGACCCAACCAGUUUAUCUACCCCCACGUCUUGAAAUCUUGUCCAGAGGUUUUUGAGUCUCAUGGGACUGCAUUGGUGCACACGCACAUUAUGAAAUCGGGUUUUGGUCAAUACCCAGUUGUACAAACAGCUCUUGUUGAUUCCUACUCGAGGUUCCGCUCAGAUGUUGGCUCAGCAAGACAGGUAUUCGAUGAAAUGUCUGAGAAAAAUGUCGUGUCCUGGACGGCUAUGAUUUCUGGGUACACUAGAGUUGGGGACAUUGGCAGUGCUAUUUUGUUGUUUGAGAAAAUGCCGGAGAGAGAUGUCCCUGCUUGGAAUGCUGUUAUUGCUGGGUGCACGCAGAACGGCGAGUUCUCGGAGGCAAUUUAUCUGUUCAAAAGAAUGUUAGUUCUUGCGCAUGGGGGGCAAAAUCUAGAAAAUAGACCAAACCAGGUUACAGCUGUUUGUGUACUUUCAGCUUGUAGUCACACUGGCAUGCUGCAGCUUGGUAAAUGGAUCCACAGCUAUAUUUACAAAAAUGCGCUUGGUCCAGAUUCAUUUGUUUCCAAUGCUCUAGUGGAUAUGUAUGGGAAAUGUGGGAGCUUAAAAGUGGCAAGAAGGGUUUUCGACAGGACCUCACAAAAAAGCUUGACAUCUUGGAAUUCCAUGAUCAACUCUUAUGCUCUGCACGGCCAAAGCAACGAUGCAAUUGGUGUUUUUGAAGAAAUGAUACGGUGUGGGGCAGAUGUUAGACCAGACGAGGUCACUUUUGUUGGCUUAUUCAAUGCUUGUACUCAUGGAGGAUUGGUAGAGCAAGGUAUUUCUUAUUUUGAUUUGAUGACUCGGGGUCACGGGAUUGAGCCUCAGAUAGAACACUAUGGAUGCUUGAUAGACCUUCUUGGUCGAGCAGGUCGAUUUGAGGAAGCCAUGGAAGUUGUGAGGGGAAUGAGAAUUGAACCUGAUGAGGUUGUAUGGGGUUCUCUGCUUAAUGGAUGUAAGAUUUAUGGUCGUACUGAUCUCGCAGAAUUUGCAGUUAAAAAUUUAAUUCAAAUUGAUCCUAAUAAUGGUGGUUAUGGUAUCAUGUUGGCCAAUAUAUAUGGGCAGUUGGGGAAGUGGGAUGACGCCCGGAAGGUGAGAAAGGUGUUGAGGGAGCGAAAUGCUUAUAAAACCCCAGGUUGCAGUUGGAUUGAGGUUGAUAACCAAGUUUACCAAUUUUAUUCCGUUGACAAAUCACAUCCUAGAACGGAAGAGAUCUACCAAAUCCUAGACACGCUUGUUGGUUUUAUCAUUUUGAAGUUAAGUUGCAAUUGAUCUCGAAUUCUCAAACUCCUCUUAUUUCUUCCCAAUCCAUGAACUCUGCUUAAAAGCCUAAAUUUGGUUCAA